AUGAUAAUAACAUCACAACCAACAACAAAUCAACUUUCAGUAGGAAUACAAGUUGGAUCAACCAAUUGUGCUGUGGCACUUGGUUAUACAGAAUCAAGUAUUCAUAUAAUACCAAAUCAAUAUGGAAAUACUACGAUACCUUUAAUCAUUGCAUUUUCAAAAACUGAUAAUACAGUCAUUGUAGGAGAGGAAGCUUCAUAUCUUUGUUAUAGAGAAUCACCAGAUGAUCAAUACGAUAUUAUCAAUUUAAAUGGAUGGAAAGAAAUAUUAGACUAUUUAUUUGACAAUGCAAAAGGUGAUCGACAAUUAGAAAUGAAUGAAAAUAAUGAAUCAUUAUUGUCUAGAUUGGUAGAUGGCAAGAUAAAGAUUAGAUGGUAUGGAGUGGAUCAGUACAAAGAGAUUGCUGAUUUAUUGCAAUUGGUCGUUGAUCAUUUGGCAGAAAUGGUGAACCUAUUUACUGGUAACAAGAGGGUGAUGACUGUUUGUUUUGCAGUUCCUCAUUACUUUGGUGAUGGACAGAGACGAGUAGUUAAAGAGUGUUUGGCAGAAUCUCCUACGUUUCAACAAUCGUCUUUAUUUGUAAGAAAUGAAAUGACAAUGACUUGUUAUCCACACCUCUACCACAAAAGAAAUAGUUCAGAGAUUAUUUGUAUUGUUGGUUACAAUGCUGGAGAAUCUUAUACAUCGGUGACACUAUUCCUCUACGAUGAAGGUAUCUAUGAAAUGUUAGAGGAUCAUCAAAACAAACCGAUUGGUGGUGGAAAAAGAUUUACCCAAGCUUUGGUAGAUUACUUUUGUCUAAAUCAUCCAAUGUUGCAAGGUAAAAAGGUCCUCAGGAAAAAGAGACUAUUUAGAGCUUGUAAAUAUCUUAAAGAGUCUCUAUCUACUAUGCUCAAUUCAGAGAGAGAGUUGGAUUGUUUAUUGGUACUGGAUUGCAAGUCUGGUAAAGAAGAGGUAUUGGAUUUACAACUGACCAUGUCAAGAGCCAAAUUUGAAGAUUUGACAAGAAACAUUGUACGUGAACAUCGAGAAUUUAUCGAAUCAAUUGUUGAUCAAUGGCAAAUCAAAAACCUAGACAAUAAGAAUAUAAAUUAUAAUACAAAGAUUUCGUAUAUCGUGGCAGGUGGAGGUAUGACCAAUAUGCCAUGUAUCCGUACAAUGUUGAAAGGUUCAUUCCCCCAAGCCUCUCUUUUGGGUGUAGACACCAAGUCCUAUGGUGAUCCAUCGGUUAUGCCAAGUUAUGGUGGAGUAUCCAUCAUGAUGCAUAGUCUUGCUCAACCUCAACAAUGGGUGGGAUUUUCCGACUAUACAUCACUUGGCGUUGGCUACGAAGCAAACGAUGGAUCAAUGAUUCAAGUCAUUCCUAGAAACUCUUUUAUCCCAAGUAGUAGAUCGGCUCAGAUUGUCAUGGACACCAACAACACGCCCUAUUUCAAUUUAAACAUUUAUUAUGGUCAAAGAAGUUUGGUAAAAGAUAAUUUUUAUAUUGGAUCUUUGAAUUAUAUCAAAUUGGAUGAAACAAAAUCAAAAGGAGAAACAACCAUCAAUGUAAAGUUUCAAAUUGGAAUCGAUUAUCAAUUAAAAGUUUGGGUUGAUUCUAUUGAUUAUCACGAUUUUACCUAUAUCAGUCCAUCAGAAUCGGAUACUGAAAAAUGGUCACCACCACGUACAACACUUAAAUGUUACAAUCAAGGAGAAAUUAUGGAUCCUGUAGUAGUUGAUUAUCCAGAUGAAUUUAUUACAAAUAUCGAUAAAUUUAAAAUCGAUAUACCAAUGCUUGAAAAUCUAAUCACUCAAGCAGAACUAUACAAUGAUAGAGAUUUGGAAAAUUGCAACAAUGCAAAAAACAUGUUAAAAAAGCUAGUAUAUCGUGGUAGAGAAGUCUUAGAAUCAAAGGUUUCACAAGAAGAAAUAGAUCAACCAACCAUGAUUACAGUAGAAACAUUAUUAAAUCAAUCUUUGUAUUGGUUGGUUGAUAACCCAUCACUAUUUGCUAUAGAUUAUGAAUUAAGACAUGAUAGAUUAACUGAACAAUUAACCUAUCUAGAUUGUUUAAAGACAAAAGGUGAAUUAUUAUUAGAAGAAGUAGAUUAA